AUGAUCUCAAGAACAUUUAUACGAAAUGCUUCUACCAAGCUUUCACCGGAAGAAGCCAGAAGACAAGCUACACAAUUAGCUGUUCAAUCAUUAAAAGAUUUUGGAUCAUUAUUAUCAAAUUCUUCAGAAGAAACUCAACCAAUUAAUACUGCACCAGUUUUUGAAAAUCCACGACUAUUUGCUUCAUUAAGUUUAUUACAUCAAGGACAAGUAUUGAAAGAAUUACAAGAAAAAUAUGACAAAAAUUGGAAUAAAUUAAGUUUAAAAGAUAAAAAAUUGGGAUAUUUUAUUGCUUAUGGUGAUUGGGGAGUACGUGAAAAAUUUACAAAUUGGAAUAGUAUUACUGAACCACCUUUAGAUCUUCCGUUUGAAGUACCGUCGAAAAUUAAAACUAGAAAUCCUAAACCACAUACAUAUAUUAAAAAAUUACCUGAAUUAUUGUUAAGUCAAACUCCAGUUAGAAAAGAUCAAUUUAAUGUGAAAAGAAUGGAUGGAGUUACAAAAUUUUUUAUUUAUUUGGUAGUUUUAAUUUCAUUAUUUGCCAUUGCAAGAGAUAAAAAUAUUGGAGAAAGUGGGAAACCUAAAGAAAUUAUCAUUGAAGAUAGAUAUGAAAUAGAAAGACAGAAUAGAAUUAAACAAGAAGAAGAGAAGUUGGAACUUGAACGUAAAAAACAACUUGAAGAAGAACUAGCCAGAAAGAAUAAGAAAAAAUGGUACUAUUUGUGGUUAAAGUAA